AUCAAUGGCCGUACAAUUCUCGUGACACUCCGCUUUUUCUGGAGCAAGUGCUCCGGAAGGAGCACCUGCGGGAGUAUCCGGCCACGCUUCUCGGCGAGAACUUUGUGCAAGCAAUUCUUACCGCGUCGACGACUUUCGGGCCCAGGCACUUAUUUUCUUUGGGAUUCGCCCCCACCCAAGUAGAAAAUGGCUGGACACUGGAAGAAGAUUCGCCGCUGGUGCGAUCGGUUGCGGAGUACUUUUUCAGUAAAACUAGUAGUCCGAGAAAAGUUGACGAGCUCUUGGGUGCUUUGCCGGUACGACGCGACGACGACACGACCAACCGACCUCACGAUGGCAAUAACCGCGCAAGCCCCUCGAAAGCACGGCGAUCUGCCUGCGAGCAGUGGAGAGUGCGAGCAUUUCUUAUCAUGGUGAAAAGUGCAGCUACCAUCCCCAAAUGUGGAAGUGUUUGCAUUGCAAAAGUUCUAAAGGAAAACAUUUGCCAGCUGGCAUGUAUCAGCAUGAGAAAUGUUCCGGCCAGGGCAGCUAGUGAAAGUGUCGUCUCCUGUUGCAGUUGAUGCACAGUGUGACAGUAUAUAAGCGAUGUCUGUCAUGCUGAAGUUGCGUCACUGGCUGAAACAAAUUUAUAAACAAUAAAUGCGUCGCAUCCAUCGAAUAAAAAGAAAUUCCGUGGUGUGGAAAGUUUGCAUUGCAAACUACUUGCGCGGCUUCUGACGGUGAGGAACUUUUCACUUUGAUAUCGGCUGUUAAAGAGCUCCUCGUCGACACACGACGGUAUGUCGCUUUUGACGACGUCAUCAAUCAUGACGCUAGUCCCCUACUGCUUCCUCUUCUUCGACGUAAGCUGGACAAAAUCGCGCACCAAGCACAGGAGGAGCGGGUUCGAGCGGUUGCAACUUGGCUGUGCAGCCGUGGAAAUCCACCUGCGAAGGAUGAAGAUAGAGACGAGAAAGAGAGAGAAGCUGCCCGGAACCCCCCCGUUUGCAAAUUGAUACUCUCCUUCGAGACGUCUCUUGCCCCUGAACCUGAAAGGUUGCUGGAUCUCAAAUUCUGGAUCGACCUAGAAAGCCCCGAGAGGUUUUCCCAUGUCAUGAGCAUCCGUCUGCCUAAUGUAUCGAAGGCAGAGCUGGACGUAUUGAAGGCAGAGCUGGACCACGAAGCAGUACAGGCAACUGGUAGUGGUGCGGCAAGUACUACAUCCUGGCCCUCAGAUUCCGUCUCGGCAGAUCACGUAUUGGAGCUUCAAUGCGCUGAUGACGUGCACGUGAUUUGAUAUUAGAGGGUGGAAUAUGACCUUGUUUGAGUUUGUAACAAAUAAGAUCGCAGGUAGAAUCCACACAUAUUCAGCUCGAUCUUGUUACCGACUUCUAUCUCUUUUAUUAUGUUCUCUACCAACAUUUUCGCAGCAAUUUCGCAUCAGCUUGUUAGAAAGUUAGCCACUUCACAGUGCGUUUUGUGCUACGAAAUUUGUAUCGUUGUAGUAAAAGUAAGCCCGCCCAGUAUGUGUAUCAUUGUAUGAUUGUAAGUACAUAGCGCCAGUACAAGUAUCUCUUUCUGUAUGAUUGUGACCACAAAAAACCUUUUAUUCCGUCUCAUCAACCAUGGAAAGGUAAAGGAGGACCAUGCAUUGAUGCAUGUCUCUGUGUACCUGAUUUGGAAAGAGAUAGAAAAAGAAUCUCGCCUGGCGGUGACAUCACGUACCAAGUACAACUAC